AUAGGGCAGGAGGACUGACCCCGUGGUGGAGGUGUGGUGCUAUAAGAGCAGGCCGUAUGGAGCAGAGUCUCAGAUUCCUCUCUCAGCUCCUCUCUUCUCUCCUCCACAAACAUGGACUCCUGGACUUCAUGUCACGACUCUGCGCUGAUGUUUGACUCGUCGGUGAAGCUGGAAUCAGACGAGGACGAGCACGUCCGGGCCCCCGGGGGCCUCCACGAGGCGGGGAGCUGCCUGCAGUGGGCCUGUAAAGCCUGCAAGCGUAAAGCGAGCAGCGUGGACCGCCGGCGCGCCGCCACCAUGCGCGAGAGACGCAGGCUGAAGAAGGUGAACCACGCGUUCGAGGCUCUGCGCCGCUGCACGUCGGCCAAUCCCAGCCAACGACUUCCCAAAGUGGAGAUCCUGAGGAACGCCAUCAACUACAUCGAGAGCCUGCAGGAGCUGCUGAGGGAGCGGGUGGAGAACUACUACAGCCGAGAGAGCAGCUCCCAACCCUCCAGUCCAUCAUCAUCAUCCACCUGCUCCGACAGCACGCCUGUGUGCAGUCCCGUCUGGUCUCAGAUCAGUUUAAACACCGCAGCAGUGUACAGUUAUGAAGGUCAGAGCGCGAGUGGGAUGGACAGAUCCGCUGGAUCGACGAGUCUGCAGUGUUUAACCAGCAUCGUGGACCGACUGUCCUCGAGGAACACGGACGCUCUGUCCCCGAGUCCCUGCGAGUCCCACUGCAGCACUCCGGAAAGUCCGAACACACUCAUCUACCACGUCCUGUAAGAGCCACAGAGACGCUGUGUGUGUGUAUGUGUGUGUGUGUGUGUGGGUGUGCAUGUACACACGCUCGGGGUGGAGCAUCAUGUAUAAAAUUCUGCUACAGUAAUCUACAAUAUCAUUUUCAGCAGACUUUAAACAGUUUAAAAAGGACAAACACACACACACACACGCAUACACACACACACACACACACACACACACACACACACACUGUGAUUGUACUUACUAUAUAAGACGCUCAUAAAGAAAAUAUAUGCACAAUUUAUUUACAAAUAUAAUUUUGCAAUGUAUGAAAGAUUUUUUUUAAAUACACACAUGGAUAUCUUAAACAUUUAUUUAAUAUAUUGAACAUAUUUACAUUUAUAUUUAACAUGUAUGCAAAAUAUUAAAUUUUUUUUAACUUUAACAUAUUAAACAUAUGUUAAAUAUAAAUAUAUAUUAAAUUGGUUGAACAUGAAAUACAUUACAUGUUAAAUAUAUUAAACAAAAAUAAAAUUAGCAUUAAUAUUUAAAUAUUAAAUAUAGUAAACAAAUAUAAAAUUAAUAUUAAUAUUUAAAUAUUAAAUAUAGUAAACAAAUAUAAAAUUAAUAUUAAUAUGUAAAUGUUAAAUAUACUAAAGAGACAUAAAAUUAAUAUUAAUAUUUAAAUGUUACAUAUAUUGAACAAAUAUAAAAUGAAAAAUUAAUAUUAAAAUUAAAUACUAAAUAUAAUAAAUACAUUUCAGUGCUGUACUUUAGUACUAAACUAAAUUAUUCACAAAAAAAAACAACGAUGUAAAUCUGGAACUCUAAAUGGUUCUUGGUUUGUUCCCAUCGUUAAAGGUUAUGUGUAGAACCCUACACCCGAGAGGUUUCCACGUAGAACCCACGCUAGAACAUCCAAAGAACAUCCAAGGAACCAUUUUUUCUUCCUUAAAUUGCGAACCCGUGCAUUUUUUAAAACUUUAAAUAAAUUUUUAAAUCCAUUUUCGAACAUACAUUGCAAAAGAUAUUUGUAAAUUCACUUUGUGUGACUUUAUUUUUUAUUUCUUUUUUUCUGUAUUAGAGUAACGUAACUCCAGUAAAUGUAAAUGUAAACGUAUGUACAGAGACAGAAUCAGUGAACUGGUCAAAUUUCUCUUUUAUUAUUUUCUUCAUUAAUGACAACGUAGAAUAAAUACGAGUUGAUUUCAGAACUUUGUUUUUUUUUUAAACUUUAUUUUGUAAAAUGUUUUGGAAAUGUGUAAUUAUUUCUGUAAUUAUUUCUGAUUUCUUUAUCAUCAUCACACCCUGAAUACAGUCACACACACACACACACACACACACACACACACACAUCUUACUGAAUAUCAAACCUGUCUGGUUUUUAUUUUAUUUUAUUUUUUACGUUGCACACAAAAACGUUCGGUUCAUUUGAAUAAAAGAUAACGUAGAGGCGAAUCCACGGGUUCGGUAUUGUAAAUAAUUUUGUACAUACUGUACUUUUGUAUUUUAAACUGUUUAAUCUUUACUGUAUUCUUUUGUUUCAUAUUUAAGUUCUUUACUUUUCUCUCUCUAUGUUCUGUUUCUGUUUUUCUCCACGUUACGGCUGGAUUGUAUUGAAAUGAGGAAUAAAUUCAGUUGUUCUUACAGAAGCUGUUUCCUGUCUCUCAGUAGAGAUGCUAAGAGCAGCACGUAGAUUUCCUCCACACGCCAUUUGUCAUCGUCAGAGGUGUGUGUGUGUGUGUGUGUGUGUGUGUGUGG